CCACAAGAUCUGGAUUCUCUUCUAAAAAAGCAAAGUGAUUCAUCUGCGCUCAAACCUAAAUUUCUAAGUAAAGCAGAAAGACAAAAGCAAGCAUUAGAAAGAAGAGAAUCGGAGAUAAAGCAACAAAAAGAGAAAGAAGAAAAGGAUAGACGGGAUCGAGAGGCUUUUGAAAAGCAAGCACGCCAACGCAAUGAUCAAAAUGGUACACGAAAUGGUCCUUCCUCAUAUCAUUCGGAUCGGUAUGCGAACGGAGAUGGACGAGAUAGGAGAUAUGCUUCACAGACAGGGAUAAGAGAAUUACCUUAUGAUGAUCAAGAGCAUUCAUCCGGCUCACGCGGUGCGAUUGCCGAAAAAGGUAUUGAUGAUGCAUCAAUGACGGAAGAAGAAAGGGCAAUAAUACGAAACAAAUACCUUGGAAUAGCUGGACCGACAAAGAAGAGGAGCAGAACUGAGAGAAAGAAAUUAGCUUUUGAUUGGGAUGCGACAGAUGAUACGAGUGAUAAGCUCAAUCCAGCCGCAAGUGUUGAAGCUCGCGUAUUCGGAGCUGGAGGUAGGGGCGGUAUGGAUACGACCCAACAUCACAACGGAUCAUCAAAUGCCUUUGCAGAAAAGCCUUGGACGGAAAAGUCAUUGGAUGAGAUGCGUGAACGAGAUUGGAGAAUCUUUCGAGAAGAUUUCGGUAUCGCAUCUCGUGGUGGCCAUAUACCCAAACCAUUACGAUCCUGGAAAGAGUCUGAUAUUCCUCCAGACGUGCUUAGUGCGAUUGAAAAGAUUGGAUAUAAAGAGCCUUCACCUAUUCAACGUCAAGCGAUCCCAAUUGGUCUACAAAAUCGAGAUCUGAUCGGUAUUGCUGAAACUGGUUCCGGUAAAACUGCCUCCUUUGUUAUACCAAUGCUGGCCUAUAUCUCAAAGCUUCCUCGACUUUCCGAUGCCAAUCGUCAAUUAGGACCAUAUGCUUUGAUUAUCUCUCCCACACGUGAACUGGCUCAACAGAUUGAGGUUGAAACGAAGAAAUUUACCGAUCAAUUGGGAUACAAUUGUGUUUCGAUCGUGGGUGGAAGAGAUAUGAACGAACAAGCUUUCAGUCUGCGAAAUGGUGCAGAGAUCAUCGUUGCAACGCCUGGACGAUUGAAAGAUUGCAUUGAAAGACAUAUUCUCGUUUUGAGUCAAUGUUUGUACUUGGUCUUAGACGAAGCUGACAAAUCGAUCGGAAUGGGCUUUGCUGACGAAUUGGACUUUAUUCUCGAUUCUAUGCCUGCUUCGAAUAUGAAACCAGACACUGAAGAAUCGGAAGAUCCGUUGGCCUUGCUGGAAGGAAAGACAGAUGCUCGUUAUCGUGUUACGAUGUUGUACUCUGCAACUAUGCCAUCAAGCGUUGAACGAUUAGCCAAGAAUUAUUUACGUAGACCGGCAACGAUUACGAUUGGUGAUGCUAAUCAAGCAGUUGGAACGGUUGAACAAAGGGUUGAGCUUAUUUCAGGAGAUGAUAAGAAACGUCAAAGAUUAUUCCAAUUGUUGUCUACCCACUAUGAACCGCCGAUGAUCGUAUUUUCUACUACAAUUCAAUCUGUCGAUGCAUUGGCGCAUGAUUUACGCAAACAAGGUUUCAAUGUGACAACUUUACAUUCCAAAAAGACGCAAACGCAAAGAGAAGAAGCUUUGGCUAAUCUGCGUUCCGGUCAAAGUGAUAUUUUGGUUGCUACCGAUUUAGCAGGUCGUGGUAUUGAUGUUCCAAAUGUCAGUGCGGUGAUCAACUAUAGCUUCCCAACAUCAUUUGAGGCUUAUAUUCAUCGUAUUGGUCGUACUGGUCGUGCUGGAAAGAAGGGUAUUGCAUUCACCUUUUUGGAACCAAGUGAUGAACAAUUCUUUUACGAUCUUAAACAGGAAUUGAGUAGAAGUCCUGUUUCUACCGUUCCUCGUGAAUUGGAUCGACAUCCUGCUGCACAAUCGCGUAUUGUGCGAAACGAAAAACGUCGAAGAGAAGAUUGA